AUGACACGUAAAGUCCCUAAGACCCCACUGAUAGCCAUCAUCGGCGCGACAGGCACAGGAAAGUCAGAUCUAGCAGUCGACUUGGCGAAGCGACACAAUGGCGAGAUCGUCAACGGUGAUGCUAUGCAGUUGUACGAAGGACUGCCUAUCAUCACGAACAAGAUCACGAUAGAAGAGCAGCAAGGCAUCCCGCAUCACCUGCUUGGCUGUAUAGGGCUCCAAGAGCCGACAUGGGUAGUUGGAACAUUCGUGAAGCGAGCAGUGAGAGUGAUCGAGGAGAUUAGAGCGAGAGGAAAGCUCCCGAUUCUUGUUGGGGGGACUCAUUACUAUACGCAAUCGGUACUGUUCCACGAUAGGCUGGCCGAGGAGGAGGAUGACGAUGAUCAGCAUCUUUCGGACAAGGAGGAGGAUAUCUUGCCAGCUCUGGAACAACCCACAGACGUGCUGCUCAAAGAUUUGCAGAAGGUGGAUCCGGUCAUGGCGGCGCGAUGGCAUCCGAACGAUAGGCGAAAGAUUCAGCGUAGUCUCGAGAUCUUCAUAAAAACUGGACGGAAGGCCAGUGAUGUCUAUGCUGAGCAGCAAGCACAGAAGUCCAUUCGAAUUGAAGCCAACGAGAAGGAGUGUGAUACAAGUGCGUCCAUGAAAUACGAUACAUUGCUCUUCUGGAUCCAUGCAGAAGCCGACAGCUUGAAACGGCGGCUUGAUGGACGGAUCACUAAGAUGCUCAACGCCGGGUUGUUGGAUGAAGUGCGCACACUGCACGACUAUGCGACUGAUGAAGCCACACAUGGUAGAUCCGUAGAUGAGACGAGAGGCAUCUGGGUCAGUAUUGGUUACAAGGAGUUCAAAGCUUAUGUGAGCGCUAUGCAUGGCGGUACGGCAUCGGAUGAAGAGUUGCAAAGCUUGAAGGACUACGGUAUUGAGAGGACCCAGAUAGCCACCAGGCAGUACGCAAAGAGACAGGUUCGCUGGAUCCGCAUCAAGCUUCUGAAUUCGCUCGCCUCCACCAACAACAUUAGCUCACUAUAUCUUCUCGACGGCUCAGACAUCUCGGGGUUCGCAGAGACCGUGUUCCAGCCUGCAGUUGACCUCACGUCAAACUUCUUGGCUGCAGAAUCUAUGCCAGAACCUAGCUCGUUGUCCUCUGCUGCAGCAGAAAUGCUGCAGCCCAAGCGAGACUAUGAUCUCGCGGCAAACCCGGAGCUUUGGACGAAGCAGCAUUGCGAGGUGUGUGAUGUCACUUGUGUUGUGCAGGAGCAGUGGCUGCAGCAUGUUGGCAGUAAGGCGCAUAAAAAGGCUCUCAGGUGGCGCCGUGAGCGUGAGCGAGGUGUGGUGGUGCCUGUCAGUGGCAGCUGA